AUGAAGUUCCUCUUCUUUAUCGCCAUUGCUGCCGGGUUGGCAAGCAGUACUGUAAUUAAUCCCGUUCACCAAGGAUCUGACCUUGAAAGUCGUGACGAAAUCCAAAACGACGCGAUCACGGCGUGGGCGGCGCCUGGAUCUGCUGUACACGGUCGUCAGGCACUGGUACAUGGAGAGCGGCACGCAUCCUCCCUGGUCUUCAAGCGGCAACCGGGGCUAUUUUCCAAAAAGUGGAGGCCGGAAUAUUAUCUACAGGACGAUGAAGGAUCCGCGGCGCCCAAAAGCCGCCCCGCAAAACUGUCGCCCUACCCUCCCAAACCCCCGGCUGGCGUCGACACCAAGAGGUUGCAGGUGUGGGUGCGGAUCAACACAAACAUGUACCAGGAAAAAGAUCUCAACAAGGUGCCGGGCUUUGCACAUGCCGGUCUCCGGCAGCUCACCAAGGACAUAGGCGGCAAACACACCGACCUGGUUAUCGGCCGCGGGUCCAACUGGUACAUGUUCGGGCUGGCGUACAAAGACAGCAGCUGGAGACAUCGUGAAAACGGCGACGGCACCAUGACACAAGUUGAAGCCGAGCCGAUGGAUACAAGAGCUAUGCCGACUAGAAGUAGGGGCUUUUAUUGUCCUUUAGACUCCGAAGGAAAGGAGUCAGGAAUGAUUGCAUCAAGCAUGUUCAUCCUCGAGGCGACGGAGAGUAGCCUGAGCGGUACAACCUGGACAUGGCUGCGAGUAAACAUUUAA